AUAAUUGUUGUUCUUUUGUUGCAGAAAGUUGAAAUACAAGAGGAAUUUGUAAAAGUCAGAAAGAGAGCUUUGGAGAGGCUGACAACUGAAGUGAUGCAGUUGCAUGAUAUUUUGCCCAAAAUAGCGAAUAAUGAUGUCUUAGACAGUCUUCAGAAACUGGAUGCUGUUGAAACAAUUGUUGAAAGGAAAGAACAUGAACUGGAGCAGAUGAGAAUAGAUUGUGAACACUAUAAAGCCCGUUUAGAAGCAGCCCAAGCAGAUUGUACAAAAGAAAGAAAGGAAAAAUUAACUGUCCGACAGCACUUGAAUGAGGCAAAGCAACAAUUAUUGCAGCAAGCAGAGUAUUGUACAGAAAUGGGUGCUGCAGUAUGCACAUUGUUAUGGAGCAUUUCUAGCAAUGAAGAAGCAGUUAAAAAUAUUCUAGGAAGUAAUAAAGCCAUAAUUUUUUUUAAUAUCGCUGGACAAACAAUGGAGAGUUAUGUGAGAUCAUUAAGUGACGAUAUCAAACAACAGGAUAUGGAUUCUGAUGAAAGUCAGUUUGUGUUAGGUUUAGCAGGGAUUGUUACAAAUGUAGCUGCUUUAGCAUGUGGCCGUGAAUUCCUGGUUAAUUCAAAUCGGGUUUUAUUGGACACAAUGAUGCAGCUUCUAGGAGACAUGAAACCAGGAUGGUGCCCCAAACUGAAAGUGCUGAUGCUGAUGUCCUUAUACAAUGUUAGCAUCAACGUGAAAGGCUUGAAAUACAUCAGUGAAAGCACAGGGUUCUUCCCAUUACUUUGCUGGCUCCUGAAUGAUCCUGAUCCAGAAGUAUGUCUUCAUGUUCUGCGACUUCUCCAGUCUGUGAUUUUGGAGCCAGAGGUUUUAACCAAGUCAGUUGCUGAAAUGCGUGACUCCUUGCCGUUUCCACGUAUCCAUAUGCUGUCAAGGAGCCGCAAUAAAGAUCUACAAAUUUUGGCCCAAGAACUGCUUGAUGACCUCCGAGUUUUAGAGCAUGAAAUGUAAAGAUAUAUUUAUGACGUCAACUUUUCAAGCCUUUUUUCAGUGUUGUAAUUUGCAGAAUGCUAUACAUACAUUCUGAAAAAUCUAAGUUUUGUAAUUAGAUGUGUGUGGUUAUUCUGAUUUUCUUGUGCAAGCCAAAUUAAUGCCAUCACAGCCACAAAAAGCACACUUCAUGAGCUUCAGGCUAGCCAUGUACAAAACCUUCUCUAAGAAUAAGCAUACAUUUUGAAAAAAAUUACAAAUUGGUAUGUACAGAAAACUGAUUAUAACAAAGAUGUGUAUAACAACUGUUUCUGUUCUGCUGCAUAUCAAUAGCUCUUUAGAAGCAAAGUCAUAUAUCUUUAUGUGGAAAUCAUCUUCACAGCUUAGCCACAUCAACCCUCUUUCUACUCUAGUGAUAUCAGAUUGAAUGGCCACAAUAUUUUUUCUUUUGACAUUGCCAUCUUCAUCAACAACAUAACUUUAAAAAAAUCUAAUAAAGGAAGACUCUGACAACUUUGUACAUGUUCUUUGUCCUAUCUUGAGAAAAUAUUAGUGAGGCAGCCUCCGGGUUUGAAUUAGCCCUGGCCAAGGCAGCAUUUGCUUUCCUCACAUAUUAUUAAUGGGUUGAAUUGUCUUUUUCAAGGGGCCAGCCAGAGAACUUACGCUGUUACUGCAGUUGUGUUUCUCCUUGGUUGCUGCUGUCAGCUGCAGCAUUUACAAAGAAGCUUAUGGAGUGGCUCCUCCAGGCUGCUAUCUGCAUUACUCUGAGCACAAGUUAGGGCAAGCAGCAACAGCAGAGAAAUAGCUUCACCUGCAGCACUCUGAAUUAUCUAGUACACUCAAAGGAGCAUAGGCGUAAGCAUUUCUUCUCUAUUACUGACCUGGUCAGGUACAGUGAUCCUAUCACACCUUCUUCCUCCUAAUUCUCUUCAGUGUCUUUGACACAACUCCCGAACAUACACAUUGGUGCGGUAGCAUCUAGAGACAUCAAGGAAAAAAUGCCUCACCCUGUUUGUGUACAACAUGAGGAAAAUAAAAUAAACAAAAAGGGACUUGUAUUAUUUCUUGUAGGUCCUAGCAUUUCCUGGGACUGGUUAUCAGCAGGUUAAAGAGAGAGACUCUGUAUACAUGAUGGUCUAUGCUGCUUGAAUGAGCAGAGGUCUCCCAACCUUCUCUCUCGCUAAACCUGCUGUAAUCCAUCUUCCAGUAUCAUACCUUGUGUAGUUAUAGUUCAGUUUUUUCCUGGGAAAAGUUUCUGCCUUCUUAAUUAGCAUCUUUUCGUUCAUAUGCUUCCCUGUUUGCUCUCCUAUUUCCCUUUGCUGCAUGAAGUCUAACAACCUCCUUAUAAUAGCCCUCUUAGCUUUAGAAAUGUCAACUCUGCUGAUACAAACGAUGGCUGUUAAAGAGAUUCAUUGAUGGGAACAUGCAUUAAUUAUACCAUUAAACUAGUGCCACUCUUCAUGUACUUGUCUUUUAAAGUGAAGACAUACUGUACAUCUGUAGAGGGAAGAGGACAAGUUAUAACAGGGAACAAAAUCGAGGUAUCAGAAUAUGCCCUGUGCUCUUCCAUCCUGCAACAUUUCUAAGAUGAGAACUUCUAAUGUGCUCUAUAGUAGCUCAUCCUAGAACAGAGGUCCCCAACCCCUGUUCCAUGGCCUGUUGCCGGUCCGUGGCCUGAGCUGGACUGGACUGCGGAGACAGACCUCCCGCCCCCCUGCACUCACCCCUGCACAGCUGAUUUGCGCAUGUGAGCGUGCUCCUGCACACCCCUGCGAGCACCAUGCCAGCGUUUGCACACAUGCAUGCCUGCACAAGUGCUGGUGUUUGUGCAUAUUUAUGCAUGCGCACAAGCGCGGGGGUGCCCCACCUUCCCCAGCUGAUCCAUGGGGUGAAAAAGGUUGGGGACCCCUGUCCAAGAAGAUAUGCAUAUAGUUUCAUUUUGAUUCUGCUAAUGUUUCACUCACUUUUGGGAUCACCUCUGGCGUUAAACAUUUGAAAUUCUGUUUUUUUCCUGAGAUGGGUUAUCUGAAACUCAGCAACAAUUAUGAAAGAUGCAGAUCUGGUGCAGAUGUGCUUAAGUUAUUUGUGCUUUUACAUGUUUUUAAUGGAAAGAGUUAACAUACAACUCUUGAUUUAUAAAAAUGUACUGUUAGUAUU